AGAAUUAUGUUUCAUGAAAAUGGGAAAACAUCUAUUAAAAGGGGUAACAAAAUCAUUGCAACUGGUCAACAACUAGCGGAUGCUUUCACGAAGCCACUACCAUCAGUGCAAUUUUCGAAAAUCUGGAAACGAAUGAGCCUGGAAGAAUUAUUCGAAAGUGCCCGCGAGGUUUUGCUUGGCAACAGCCAUCUCGAUCCAGGCGUCAGGCGGAACAAACAACUUAGCAUUUUGAAAGAGUCUACAGGAAGACGCCCAACCAACCGGUAUAUAAUUCCCCGUAGUGAUCAUUUAAUCAUUGUGAACGAGAAUUAAAAUUAAAAUUCACACAUCGACCUCGCCAGUUAAUAUCCA